GGAAGGACAAUAGAGAAUUCAUUAAGUUAAACUUAGUAGAAUAAAAAAUUAAACAAAUAGUGCUUGAGAAUUAGUUUUAGAUACCUGGUGAACUUUUUUUCAGAUGAAAUAUUAUCAAGUAAAAGAAUCGAGCUGAUUUUAAAAGUAUAUGGAUUUUAUUCACAAAUAUACAACCACGUGUACAUCACUCUGGAACUUGGAAGGGUUAAAUCGGACCACUGUGGGGUUAUGGAAGUGUUUCCCAGAGUUGUCUAGUACCUUGAAUUUGUUAUGGAUUCGAUGUGUAGUGUUAUUCUAAAACAGUUGCACCUGCGUUAGCUCUCAUUGUCUCAGGCUCGAAGCUGAAAAAUUCAAAAAAUGAAAAAGCUCAAGAAAUGAAUAUUUCUGUUAAUAACAUGUUGGUAUUUUUCCCCGACUCCAUGAACAUUCUUGAUCUCACAGGCAAAAUGCACAACCCAGGGCACUAGGGUUGGAAUCCAGUGUUUAUUCAAAAAGGCACCCUAAGGCAGUUAGAGAGGGAAUGCUACAUGUAUGGGGGAAAAAAGGCAGCUGGAAACUAAGCUGAUCUGGGCACAAGCUGCAGCGACUGUCUUGACUAACUUGUUUUCUGAGAACUAUGAGAGAAAUGGAAAUGAUUUGAAGGACCCUGAAAGGAUGGUAUUUUGUUGCUUGUUCUCCUUAUAUGGAGCAAAGAAACUGCAGUAACACUUCUCGGGAGCUGGUAUUCCCUGCUGCCACGGGGACAGCCGUUUUCUGCGUGGAGGAGUUUGUUUAUACCUUAAGAAAUAUAGUCUGUUUUGUUGAUUAAAUAAACAAAAAAAAAAAGUCAUGCCUCAUCCUCUGCUUUCAAACACUCCCCCAAUUAGAAAAUAUCUCAUAAAAAUGCAUCAUGUGAUACUAUCUUGCUUUAGUCCCAAACUGAGUUCACUUGGAUGUCUUCAAAUUUGAGUCCUGAGGGAGUACACAUUUGAGCUAAGAAUGUAGUUACUCUGUCAUGAAAUAGGCAGCUUUGCCACUUGCUUGUUUUGGAAGGAAAAUAAAUUAAAAAAAGAUUGCAGGGGAUUUUAGUUAUUAUAUCGUCAGGGCUCUGUUUAGAGUUGGUGGCAUUCAAAGCUGGCUUUAGUCACAGCAUGAUGCUCCAAAAGUCCAAGUGUUCCCUUUCUUUCUUUCUUUCUUCUUUCCGUUUUUUUUUUUUUUUAAAGCGUUACUUCACUGAGGCAGAGGGCUGCCUUUGAGUGACGUCACAAGUUUGAGCAGCUAGCAGCACAGGAGAAGGGAGGCUGGGUGAGUGACAGCCCAGCCUACUUUUUAAUAGCUUUGUCAUGUGACUGGGGACUGUAGUAAGACAGGUGCCUUCAGUUCACUCUCAGUAAGGGGCUGGUUGCCUGCAUGAGUGUGUGCUCUGUGUCACUGUGGAUUGGAGUUGAAACAGCUUGAUUGGCGUCAUUCAGGAGCUGGAUGGCGUGGGACAUGUGCAACCAGGACUCUGUAUGGAGUGACAUCGAGUGUGCUGCUCUGGUUGGUGAAGACCAGCCUCUUUGCCCAGAUCUUCCUGAACUUGACCUUUCUGAACUAGACGUGAACGACUUGGAUACAGACAGCUUUCUGGGUGGACUCAAGUGGUGCAGUGACCAAUCAGAAAUAAUAUCUAAUCAGUACAACAACGAGCCUUCAAACAUAUUUGAGAAGAUAGAUGAAGAGAAUGAGGCAAACUUGCUAGCGGUCCUCACAGAGACACUGGACAGUCUCCCUGUGGAUGAAGACGGAUUGCCCUCAUUUGAUGCACUGACAGAUGGAGAUGUGACCACCGAGAAUGAGGCUAGUCCUUCCUCCAUGCCUGACGGCACCCCUCCGCCUCAGGAGGCAGAAGAGCCGUCUCUACUUAAGAAGCUCUUACUGGCACCAGCCAACACUCAGCUAAGUUAUAAUGAAUGCAGUGGCCUCAGUACCCAGAACCAUGCAAACCAUAAUCACAGGAUCAGAACAAACCCUGCAGUUGUUAAGACCGAGAAUUCAUGGAGCAAUAAAGCGAAGAGCAUUUGUCAACAGCAAAAGCCACAAAGACGUCCGUGCUCAGAGCUUCUCAAGUAUCUGACCACAAAUGAUGACCCUCCUCACACCAAACCCACAGAGAACCGGAACAGCAGCAGAGACAAAUGCACCUCCAAAAAGAAGGCCCACACACAAUCGCAGACACAACAUCUACAAGCCAAACCAACAACUUUAUCUCUUCCUCUGACCCCAGAGUCACCAAAUGACCCCAAGGGUUCCCCAUUUGAGAACAAGACUAUUGAACGAACCUUAAGUGUGGAACUCUCUGGAACUGCAGGCCUAACUCCACCCACAACUCCUCCUCAUAAAGCCAACCAAGAUAACCCUUUCAGGGCUUCUCCAAAGCUGAAGCCCUCUUGCAAGACUGUGGUACCUCCACCAUCCAAGAAGGCCCGGUACAGUGAGUCUUCUUGUACCCAAGGCAGUAAUUCCACCAAGAAGGGGCCUGAGCAGUCUGAGUUGUACGCACAGCUCAGCAAGACCUCUGUGCUCACCAGUGGACACGAGGAAAGGAAGGCCAAACGGCCCAGUCUCCGGCUGUUUGGUGACCAUGACUAUUGUCAGUCGAUUAAUUCCAAAAUGGAAAUACUUGUUAGUACAUCACAGGAGCUCCACGACUCCAGACAACUAGAAAAUAAAGAUGCCCCCUCCUCCAACGGGUCAGGGCAAAUACACUCUUCCACAGAUUCCGACCCGUGCUACCUGAGAGAGACUGCGGAGGUGAGCAGGCAGGUCUCUCCCGGCAGCACCAGAAAACAGCUCCAAGACCAGGAAAUCCGAGCCGAGCUGAACAAGCACUUCGGUCAUCCCAGUCAAGCUGUUUUUGACGACAAAGCAGACAAGACCAGUGAACUGAGGGACAGUGAUUUCAGUAAUGAACAAUUCUCCAAACUACCUAUGUUUAUAAAUUCAGGACUAGCCAUGGAUGGCCUGUUUGAUGACAGCGAAGAUGAAAGUGAUAAACUGAACUCCCCUUGGGAUGGCACGCAGUCCUAUUCAUUGUUCCAUGUGUCGCCUUCUUGUUCUUCUUUUAACUCUCCAUGUAGAGAUUCUGUGUCACCACCCAAAUCUUUAUUUUCUCAAAGACCCCAAAGGAUGCGCUCUCGUUCAAGGUCCUUUUCUCGACACAGGUCAUGUUCUCGAUCACCAUAUUCCAGGUCAAGAUCAAGGUCCCCAGGCAGUAGAUCUUCUUCAAGAUCUUGCUACUACUAUGAGUCAGGCCACUGCAGACACCGCACACACCGAAAUUCGCCCCUGUGCGCGAGGUCACGUUCAAGAUCGCCCCAUAGCCGGCGGCCCAGGUAUGACAGCUACGAGGAAUACCAGCACGAAAGGCUCAAGAGGGAAGAAUACCGCAGAGAGUAUGAGAAGCGGGAAUCUGAAAGGGCCAAGCAGAGGGAGAGGCAGAGGCAGAAGGCAAUUGAAGAGCGCCGUGUGAUUUAUGUUGGUAAAAUCAGACCUGACACAACACGGACAGAACUGAGGGACCGUUUUGAAGUUUUUGGUGAAAUUGAGGAGUGCACAGUAAAUCUGCGGGAUGAUGGAGACAGCUAUGGUUUCAUUACCUACCGUUAUACCUGUGAUGCUUUUGCUGCUCUUGAAAAUGGAUACACUUUGCGCAGGUCGAAUGAAACUGACUUCGAGCUGUACUUUUGUGGACGCAAGCAAUUUUUCAAGUCUAACUAUGCAGACCUAGAUUCAAAUUCAGAUGACUUUGACCCUGCUUCCAUCAAGAGCAAGUAUGACUCUCUGGAUUUCGAUAGUUUACUGAAAGAAGCCCAGAGAAGCUUACGCAGGUAAUAUGUUCCCUGGCUAAGGAUGACAGAGGCAUGGUGAAUACCUCACGGGACAGCGCGUCCUUCCCUAAAAGACUAUUGCAAGUCAUACUUAGGAAUUUCUCCUACUUUACACUCUCUGUACAAAAACAAAACAACAACAAUACAAGAACAACAACAAUGGUUUACAUGAACCCAGCUGCUGAAGAGGCAAGAGACAGAAUGGAAUUCCAGUAAGCACAUGUUUAUUCAUGGGUGUCAGCUUUGCUUUCCCUGAGUCUCUUGGUGAUGGAGUGUGUGUGUGUGUGUGUGUGUGUGCGCGCGCGCAUGCGUGCCUGUGUGUGUGUGUUUGCCUGGUUUGGGGGAAGUAUGUGUGUACAGGUGGGGACUGGGGACACCUGACCAGAGCGUGCAAGGGCAAACCACUUCGAAUGGCAGCAGUUCCAUGAAGACACACUUAAAACCUAGAACUUCAAAAUGUUCAUAUUCUAUUCAAAAGGAAAAAAAAAAUACGUACAUCCAAAAGGAAAGAAAGCUAACCAACCAACCACAGGCCACCCUAAAAUGACAGCCACUGAUGUCUGGGCAUCAGCCUCCGUACUCUGUUUUUUGUUUUUUUUUUUAAACAAAGUGCAAAAUCAACGUGAAGCAAGCUUUCUCUCACACCGUAAUGAUUAUAUGACAAUCCUGAAGAAACCGCAGGUUCUGUAGAACUCAUAUCCUUUCUCUCUCUUUUUCUUUCUUUUUUUCCUUUUUCCUUUUGCCAAGGAAUCUGGGUGGGAGAGGAUGCUGCAGGCACCGAAUGCUCAACUUUCCUAACAUUUUGAAGUUUCUGUAGUUCGUCCUUCCUCCUGACACCCAUGUAAAUGUCCAAAACGUUGAUCUCCCACUGCAAAUUUCAAAAGCCUUGUCAAUGGUCAAGCGUGCAGCUUGUUCAGUGGUUCUUUCUGAGGAGCGAGCACGGUGUUACAUUACUAAGGAGAGUUGGGUAGAACUCUCUGGGAUGUGUUCAGAUAGUACAAUUGCUACAUUCUCUGAUGUAGUCAAGUAUUUACAGAUGUUAAAUGGAGUAUUUUUAUUUUGUGUACAUACUAUACAAUGAUGUUCUUUUUUUGUUACAGCUAUGCACUGUAAAUGCAGCCUUCUUUUCAAAAACUGCUAAAUUUUUCUUAAUCGAGAAUAUUCAAAUGUAAUUAUGAGGUGAAACAAUUAUUGUACACUAACAUAUUUAGAAGCUGAACUUACUGCUUAUAUAUAUUUGAUUGUAAAACAAAAAAAGGACAGUGUGUGUGUCCAUUGAGUGCAACACGACAAAUCGAUGCUUUAUGCACAACCAUCCUCUCUUAGGUGAGCUUCGAUCUAAGCAUCUUGUCAAGAAACCUCCUAGCCCCCUAAAGGUAUUAACCACUUCUGCAAUAUUUUUCCACAUUUUCUUGUUGCUUGUUUUUCUUUGAAGUUUUAUACACUGGAUUUGUUAGGGGAAUGAAAUUUUCUCAUCUAAAAUUUUUCUAGAAGAUAUCAUGAUUUUAUGUAAAGUCUCUCAAUGGGUAACCAUUAAGAAAUGUUUUUAUUUUCUCUAUCAACAGUAGUUUUGAAACUAGAGGUCAAAAAUCUUUUUAAAAUGCUGUUUUGUUUUAAUUUUUGUGAUUUUAAUUUGAUACAAAAUGCUGAGGUAAUAAUUAUAGUAUGAUUUUUACAAUAAUUAAUGUGUGUCUGAAGACUCUCUUUGAAGCCAGUAUCUCUUUCCCUUGGCAGAGUAUGAUGAUGGUAUUUAUCUGUAUUUUUUACAGUUAUGCAUCCUGUAUAAAUACUGAUAUUUCAUUCCUUUGUUUACUAAAGAGACAUAUUUAUCAGUUGCAGAUAGCCUAUUUAUUAUAAAUUAUGAGUUGAUGAAAAUAAUAAAGCCAGUGGAAAUUUUCUACCUAGGAUGCAUGGCAAUUGUCAGGUUGGAGUUUAAGUGUUUCAUUUGGGAAAUUCCGCUUUGCAGAAGCAGUGUUUCUACUUGCACUAGCAUGGCCUCUGACGUGACCAUGAAGUUGUUCUUGAUGACAUUGCUUCUGCUAAAUUCAAUAAAAACAAAAAAAAAACUUCAGUAAAACCUCCAUUUUUGAGCAUCAGGAUUUCCUGAGUGUGGAGCCCUGGAAUGGAAGUCAGUAAAGUUUGGCGUGUGUACUCAAGUUUCUGAGUUGAAAUUCAAUUACAGUAUGGCCGACAUGACUUUUCUGGAAGACAUGAUAUACCUACUAUGUAACCAUUCUUUUCCUUUCUCUCGCCCAACACGAUCGUAUAAAAAUGGAUUACACCCCCAGGCCAAUGCAGCUAAUUUUGAAAGCUGCAUUCAUUUAUCACCAGCAUAUUGUGUUCAGAGUGAAUCCACUGUCUGUCCUGUCGGAUGCUUGCUUGAGUUUUUGGCUUCUUAUUUCUAAGUAGAUAGAAAGCAAUAAAAAUACUAUGAAAUAAAAGAACUUGUUCACAGGUCCUGCGUUACAACCGUAACACAUCUUUAAUCUGCCUAAUUCUUGUUCUGUAGGUUAAAUGCAGGUAUUUUAACUCUGUGUGGACGCCAAACUAAAGUUUACAGUCUUUCUUUCUGAAAUCUGAGUAUCUUCUGUUGUAGAAUAAGAAUAAAAAAGACUAUUAAGAGCAAUAAAUUAUUUUUAAGAAAUGGAUAUUUAGUAAAUCAUAUUAUGUGUUCAAGGACCAGAUACGUUCUCUAUUUUGCCUUUAAAUUUUUUGUGAUCCAAUUUUCAAUACAUUCUCCUUUUUGCCCUGGAUCGUUGACAUGAGUCAAAGACUGGGUUUCCUUUCUUACUUGUCAAAAGACAACACUACAGAUUUCAUGUUGAGGAUUCAUUUAUUCCCACCCUUCUGGCCUGACAAAUAUUGUUACCAUGAAGAUAGUUUUCCUCCAUGGACUUCAAAUUGCAUCUAAAAUUAGUGCAAAGAGAGAAUCACUAGACCAUCCAAAUAGAGCUUUUGUAUCUUAUGCAGACACUGUGGGUAGCCCAUCAAAAUGUAAACUGUGUUCCUUUUAUUUUUAUUUUUAAUUUUUUUGGAGAGUAUAUUUCAAAUGAACACAUGCACCCCAUCAUCACUGGAGGCAAAUUUCAGCAUAGAUCUGUAGGAUUUUUAGAUGACCCUGGGCCAUUGCCUUCAUGCUGUGGUAAGUACCACAUCUACAAUUUUGGUAACUGAACUGGUGCUUUAGACAUGUGGGUUUUUUUUUUUUUUUAAGAGAUGUAGCAGAAUAAUUCUUCCAGUGCAACAAAAUCAAUUUUUGCUAAAUGACUCUGAGAGCAACGGUUGGGCUGUCAACAUUCAAAGCAGCAGAGAGGGAACUUUGCACUAUUGGGGUGUGAUGGUUGGGUCAGUUGAAAAAAAAGGAAACCUUUUCAUGCCUUUAGAUGUGAGCUUACAGUAGGUAAUGAUUAUGUGUCCUUUUCUGAUGGCUGUAACGAGAACUUCAAUCACUGUAGUCUAAGACCUGAUCUAUAGAUGACCUAGAAUAGCCAUGUAAUAUAAUGUGAUGAUUCUAAAUUUGUACCUAUGUGACAGACAUUUUCAAUAAUGUGAACUGCUGACUUGAUGGAGCUACUUUAAGAUUUGUAGGUGAAAGUGUAAUACUGUUGGUUGAACUAUGCUGAAGAGGGAAAGUGAGUGAUUAGUUGAGCCCUAGCCGGGCUUUUUUUUCCACCUGCCAAUUCUACAUGUAUUGUUGUGGUUUUAUUCAUUGUAUGAAAAUUCCUGUGAUUUUUUUUAAAUGUGCAGUACACAUCAGCCUCACUGAGCUAAUAAAGGGAAACGAAUGUUUCAAAUCUA